AUGUCAUUCACCCCAAUUGAUAUGUUCACUAGAACUUCGGAUGCGGUUAUCCAGUUUAAUGCUCGUUUCAAUACGAUGCGUGAUGACCAGCUCGAUAUUCAUGCGCUACAGUCUCAUCUUAGUGCAUUAGAAAAACUUUGGACGCAAGCACAGGACAAAUUUGAAAAGUGCUGUGAUUAUAUGAUGUCGUCAGUAGAGACGACGAAAGAAGUUAUCGAUGCGGUUGAUCAAAAAUACAAUUCGUCAUUUCAAAUCUAUGUCGACUGCCAGUCCGCAAUUAAUAGAAAGCUAGGGCAAUUCAAAAAAUAUCGUACUUCCUCUAUUAAUGGUAGUCUUUGUGGUUCGGUUGCUUCGUUGAUAGAAACGCCGGGCGAGACUUCAGCUAAGUCGCCCAUACAAAACUCGCAAGCUAUUGGCAACAAUUUGAGUACUUCGACUCAUGCUUCCCGCGAAAAUCAUUCGCAGAUACAAACUCCGCUUUCCUCUAUUGUGAGAAAUAAUAGUGCCAGUUUUAGAACUACAGAGGAAGUUUCUCAUUUGGAUUGUGUCCAUAACCUUGCUCUACCGCCGUGCGAUACGGACAUAUUUGAAGGUGAUUUCCACUCAUGGCCAACAUUUAGGGAUUUGUUUACGGCUAUAUAUAUUGUUAAUGGUCGUCUUACCGACGUUGAAAAACUUUGUCAUCUGGUUAGAAAGACUUCUGGUGAAGCUCGCGAGAUUGUAUCGAAGUUCCCCUUAAUUAAUCGUAGUUUCGAGCUCGCGUGGAAGGCUCUAGUUGAAACUUAUGAUAACCCUCGGCUUCUGGUUCAUAACCAAUUGAAAGUUUUGUUUGAUAUUCCGGUCCUCUAUAGUGAGACUAGUUCGGGAUUAAAGUCGAUCCAAUGUGGUAUCAAUGGAUGCCUGUCUUCGAUGUCCGUGUAUGAUGUCAAUACGGAAAAUUGGGAUCCGAUAUUAGUAUUUUUGUGUCUCCAGAGAUUGCCAAAAAUUACUCAGACUCUUUGGGAGCAGAGUGUUAAGGAUAAAUCUUCUCUUUCGUCCUGGAAGGAUUUGGAUGCCUUUCUCACUGAGCGCAUACGUACGCUCAUGUGCCUCCAUGAUAUGCGUGCUACAGAUCAGUCUAAGCGGUCAAAUAAUAGUAAAGUUCAAGCGCAUCAUUCAAAUAUCAGAAUUCCAGAGCCACCGCGUUCUCCCCGCGCUUCGAAAGGUUCAAAUUGUCUAAUUUGUCAAAAUCAGCGUCAUAAAUUGUAUGACUGUCCCCGCUUUAAGAGUUUCACACCCGCUGAUCGAUACAAAGUAAUGAAACGUCAUCAUCUUUGUAUCAACUGUCUUAGGAACGAUCACGAAGUUAAGAAUUGUGAUAGCAAACGUCGGUGUUCGAAGUGUAACAAGUCCCACCAUACGUUGUUGCAUCGGGAUGAUAUUACCUCUAGUAAUUCAAAUCGAACUUCCACUGUUACUAGCAAUGCCCCCAGAAAUUCGAGUGCUACGCCUUCGACUGUCCCCCCUAAUUCAGAAAAUUGCGCCCCAGGCACAUCCGCCGGUUGCUUGCCCCGGCAAGUAUUUCACGCCGCGCAGAACAAGGCUGUACUCUUAGGUACCGCAAUGGUGAAUAUUGUUCAUCUAGGUGUUUCAUUUCCUGCCAGGGCGUUAAUAGAUCCUGCUUCCGAGUCCUCUUUCAUUUCAGAGAGACUCCAAACUCGUUUGAAGCUUCCUGCGCGUUCUACGAAUGCUGUAAUUUCAGGAGUUAGUUGUUCACUCUCGGCCACGGCUAAUAAAGCUUGUCGUUUACAAAUUAGCAGUCCUUUCGACCCUUCUCUGAAAUUGGAAACCAACGUUUUAGUUUUGCGUGCCAUUUCUGGAAAUCUUCCCUCGUUUGUGGUUAAUUCCGACUUAAGGUCACAAAUUCCCGAUCUUCGCUUGGCAGAUGUUAACCUUUUUGAAUCUCGUCCCGUCGAUCUGCUGUUAGGUGCUGAUCUUUAUCCAAAAAUAUUGUUAGAUGGUUGUCGUCCCAUUUUGUCUGGAGCAUUGCUUGCUCAAAAUACUGUAUUUGGUUGGCUUGUUACGGGUCCUGUCCCAGCCACACAAGUUCGAACAUUUGCCACUACUGUCGAUGUAGCAGAAGAAGACAAAAUCCAGCAGACCCUUUUGCGAUUCUGGGAAAUCGAAGAGCCUCCUAAACGCAAAAUAUUAUCUCCAUCGGACCGUUUUUGUGAGGAGAAUUACGUCCGGACUACUCGUAGGGACUCAGAGGGUAGAUAUAUCGUUACGCUGCCACUUAAAUCUGAGAUUAGCGCUAUCGGGUAUUUGGGAGAGUCUCGAGCGAACGUCCUCAAACAAUAUUAUCGGAAUGAGAGUUCUCUAUUGAAAAAGCCUGAAUUAAAACUAGUUUACGACCAGGUAUUAUCGGAAUAUUUGGAACUUGACCACAUGAGGCCGGUACCCGUAAAUACUUCUAUGGAUGUCCUUUCGUGUUAUCUACCACAUCACCCCGUCAUAAACCUAGCAAAACAGACCACGAAACUUAGAGUAGUGUUUAAUGCCUCAAAUAAAACGUCGAAUGGGCAGAGUCUUAACGACAUAUUGCACAUAGGUCCAACGUUACAACAAGAUUUAGUUCUUUUGAUCCUCCGUUGGCGUAUCUUCAAAUUCGUGUUUAACUCGGACAUUACUCAAAUGUAUAGGCAAGUUCGUGUAGAUUCAAAGCAUUCGCCCCUUCAGAGAAUUUUGUAUCGGAAUUCAACAACAAAACAGGUCCUAGACUACGAACUACAGACAGUGACGUUCGGUGUAAAUUGUGCACCAUAUUUAGCAAUUAGAACGCUUCUUCAACUGGCCGAUGAUACUGAGUCAGAGUUUCCCCUCGCGGCGCAUAUAUUGCGAAAAUGUAUGUACGUUGAUGACGUUUUGGCAGGAGCUCAUGACAUCGAGACUGCAUUGGCAGCCAGGGACCAGUUGAUUAGGGCACUAUCGUCGGCAAAGUUCGAGCUGCGAAAAUGGACAGCGAAUAAUAGAGCUAUUUUGGAUUGCUUCCCCCCUGAGCAUUUGGUAGAUGCUCAGCUUUUAUCGUUUGUAGAAGCUAGUAGUUCUAAACCCCUGGGUAUUAGGUGGAAUGCGCGUUUAGAUUGUUUCUUCUUCGAAGUGAGUCCUAUUGUCAAUAAACACUUCACUAAAAGGGAAGUUCUUUCGGCAAUCGCGAAAUUGUUUGACCCUGUCGGUUGGUUGGCCCCUGUGAUUGUUAGGGCGAAAAUGAUAAUGCAGAAGAUUUGGCUGGACAACAUUGGUUGGGAUGAUCAACUUCUGGCAGCUACUGAGGCUGAAUGGAGAAGUUUUGUCGAAACAUAUCCGCAUGUUAACUCGAUUAGGAUACCUAGAUGGGUUCAAUAUGUUCCAGGAUUUUCUGUUGAGCUUCAUGUCUUUUCCGAUGCCUCGGAAAAGGCAUACGCGGGGAUGACAAUGGUGUCAUGCGAAUGA